AGAGACGCUCCAGUCCACUCACAAGCCUUCGGUUGGGUUUUGUUCGCGGGCCGGACGCGUUCCACGACGUCGUUGAGCCAAAGGACGAGCUGAGACCUCCGCCCUCUGCACGCGCGCGUCUUCAGGCACCAACAUUCAUGGCGAUUUCGAAAGUUUGGGCAAUGUUUUUGUCUUCUGUCCCGAAGGCGCGUGCACCUAGACAUUCUAUAGGAUGCCGACCCUAGGCGCCACACCUCUUGUUGUUUUUAUACCGUAAUACACACACACACACACACACACACACACACACACACACACACACACACACACACACACACACACCUCCUUUGUUUAUUACAAGACCUCCUCCCUCUUUGUGAGGCUUUCAGGCGUUGUCGAAAAAUGGGACGAUUCCGACGUGUGGUUGCGUGUCAACGGGUUGUUUACACCACUUAGGCUAUUUGUAGUACUUUCAGCGCGUUUCUCCUAAGCAGCGUAAUUGUAGUUGACAAAUAAUAGUCCAGCCUGGUUGUACGACUUAAACACUGCAACAGUGAAGCCGUUGCAUCCUCCAGGCUGCUCUGGACAUCAUUGAGCACGACGUUCCUGCGCUCGCUAUGCUAAUCGUUUGAUGUUAGGCCCCGCCCCCAAUCAUCCAUAUUUGGCAGUAGGGUCGUGUUUCGGCAAAAACUUUCCAAAAUUAUAUAAUAAUAGUUCCAGUAAUAUUUAAGACGAUAUCAGGAAGAAAACACACCAACAUUUGUGAUUUCCGCUCCUUCCUACUCUGUGGGUGAUGAUUCUUCCACUGAAGGAGCAGCUCAGAGCUCCCACAGUCUGGUGCAGUGGAUGAGAGGAAUUGUCCGUGAUGGAUGUCAGCUUUGCCAACAUCCUCCUCUCACCCACCUCCUCCUCAGAGUCCAGUGGACGGCCCACAGCAGAGCUUCCUUCCUUCCCUUAUGUGUUUUCCACCAAGUGAGCAGAUCACUCUUAUUGUCUGGAGAUACAGUGUUUUCUCGCCAGUGUUCUUUGGUAAAGACACAGUUCUAUAAUUUCCUGUCAUUAUCGAUAUGACGCUCCAUCAAGCUGGUGAGUGGUUCCGUGGUUCGACUUCAAUGCACCUUCAUAGCCUGGUUGUGCUGGACAGUGUGAUUUUGGUAAAAACAUGUUUGUUGUUGAAGUCUGACCACUUCCCACUAUAGAAGGAGCUUUGUAGGUAUUAAUUCUUCGCUGGUGGCCGAUAUGCUGCUUUUGUUCUCAGACACUUUUGCUUCAGGAACACGAAUACAUCAAACUAUGUAAUUAACAUAUCGUAAGAUGAUCACAGAAAACAUUAUACCGGUUUGUUCGGGUGGUAUGAUAAUGCGAUGCACCCCUAAUUCUGAUCAUUUUAAAACUGUAACCAUACAAUGUGAAUUCUGUAAAGAAAAUUAAAAAUUUUUACUAAAUAUAGUUUAUAACGAUAAGAGUAUAAUGAGAUGUGCAUUAGGCACUUCCCAGAUUCCUACAUGAUCUGUGUGUUGUGAGCUCCCUGUGCAAUGGAUAUCAGCAUGUAGCUCCAUACGACGCUUACACUGUUUCCACAGCAUGCUAUAGAGUCACGUCACCGUCCAAGGUCCUGAAGGCCUCUAUGUGGCUACAUUUAGAAACAGUCUAAUUAGGUUCUGAAUAUAACUGGACUAAUAAAGAUACCAACACAAAUAUAAACACUAUUGUUUGUGCUCAGUAAAGUGACCACUUCCUGCCACCGUCUGUGGACACACUGUACAGUCUUUGUUUGUUGUAGUGUUAUGUCAUUGGACAUAUAAAAAAGAUAUUCACAAUGUUAAAAGUCUUUUUAAAAAAAUCUCUCAUUUAUCUUACAUAGUGACAUUUGUGGAUAUUACAGCAAAUGACCUAUAAAGGAGUAAUCGAAGGAUAUUUUUAGUGUACUGCUAAAUUAAGACCCAGUGUUGCCUCAGAAUAGAUGAUCAGCUGGAGCAGCAGGUGCAAACUGAGUCCAGUUGAAUUCCUUCAGGGUUUAUCAUGUUUCUCAAAGCUCUAAUUUGGUCUAUAGUCACAAGCUUGGAAACCGAGACUGAACAACUGCUUUGAAGCACAGGUUAUUUUUGUACAGUUUGUACCUUGAAAGGACUUCACCUUUGUUGCUGCUUUUCUGCCAAAUGUGAUAAAUUCUUUGUUUUUGGAUUGAACUGAUUAGUCUGUGAGGACGGUGCAGCUCUGUAGCAUUCCUUUACUGGCCUCUUUCUAUUCAUGCAUGACUUCCAGAAUGUGACAAAACUCCCUCCAGUCAUUUCUGUAAGUUAAAUCACCUAUUUAGGGUCCCAAAGAGCUUUGACCUCCAGAACCUGAUCAGUUCAUCGUCGGGUCUUGCUGGACCUCCUUCUGGUUCCUAGCACACUCGUGCACUUUAAGUGGGGAGAACUCUGAACACAGAGCAUGGGGGAGGGUGAGCACUCAGUGGUAAUUAGGCUUAUAGUGCAUACACACGUGCACGCUGGUUGUAGUGAAAGGAAAAUCCCUUGUGAUGCACCUCUAACCUACUUAUACCAGUAACUGGUCGUACAGAGCUUCUGCGGCUGCUGCUCUGUUCAGUAGCUGCAGUCAGUGUUUGUCAGUGGUGAAGCAGGUUCACACUGUGUCAUAGGUAGUAAUCUACAAACACAUCAUGUUGAUUCUUCUAUUCUUCUACACUUUGUUUUCAGUUGAAAGUCAGGCCCCACCUCACACAUGCUGACCCAGGACUGCUUGGCUGUACACGACCCCCUCCAUUCACCUACUGGACAAAAUAAACACCGUCCAUUAUAACAAAGAGAGCAAGUUUGCUGAUGGAAAGGAACUAGAUCAAAUGAUGUGCAUUGCUGUGAUCUUGCUGGCCGUCACCCUCAGUGUGGAGUCCUACGGUGUCAGUGACCAGUAUGAACGGUUAGCUCAUGGUCGUCAGCUGAGGAUCUUUUUGCCCAAGGGUUCAGAAAAGCUGGAGUUCACCCCCGCUGAUGAACCCAGAAACAUUUUUCAGUACUGGGAGAGAGGCAGAAUAGGGACGAGAAAAGGAAGAGUGUCAGGCUCAGGCAAUGACCGGCGCUGGUACAUUGACCAGGUGACCUAUGAAGACCAAGGAACAUACAUUCUGAGGGAUUUCUUUAAUAAGGACAUCUCUACUGUCAGAGUUGCCAUCACACCCAGACAUGUCUACAAAAAAUGUGUAGCAGGAGAAAGUCUCUACAUCUCACUGGAGGGCAUCCACCUGGAGGAGUCCCUGCUGUCCUUCUCUGGGGAUGCUGCCAAUGUUACACUGGUCCAAGAUGGUUUUAGGGUGUCACAGGACCUUCCUGAUUACUAUGAUCGGGUCAGGACCACUGCCAGUAACAUCGAGGUCAGAAACGUGAACUAUAGUGAUGUGGGACAUUACACGCUGAGAGACCGGAGGCAGCGGGUGGUGUCUGUGACGAGGAUGGACCUGACAGACCACCAUGAGCACGUCAAGGGCAGCCCUCUGAUGGCUCUGCUCCUGCUGUUGGGCAUUCCCGCCGGGAUCUGUUGCUGCUGUCGGAAGAAGAUCUUCCGAAACAGAGCGAGCGCUGCUACGCAGCUCCAGGCCGUUCCUAAUACCACCCCCCCUCCGCCUGCUGGUCCUGUUGGACCUUGUCCUCAAUACAAUGCCUACUACCAAGGCCCUGACGCCACCAUGGGUCCUACAGUCCACCCUCCCCCUCCCACCACCGGCCCAGUCCAGUGGAGCGGCCCAAUGCCAUCUGCGGCCUAUCCUCCCUACCCUCCUGGUCCAGCCGCGAUCCCACCCGGUCAGCCUCCGCAGUGGAAUGGACAGUACCCUGCUGGACCGGUGCCUCCCAUGGGCUAUGCUCCAGCUCCAGUCAUGUACAGCUCUCCUCCUCCACCGGCUGCAGCAGGUGAACCUUACAAAGAGGAGGUCAGGGUGGAGGCGGCGGCUUCUUCCCCUGCUAUGCCUCUGCUGAACGCUGCUCCCCAGGCUGAGGCUGCGUCUCCCCCUGGGGCUCCUCUGCCGCCAUCCUCCAACAACGUUCUCGCCUCCUCUGAUGCUACGUAUCAGUUCCAGAUCAGUGGGAAAGACUCCACCAGCUUCCUGUAGGACGUUGCCCCCCCCCCCCCUCCACACACACACAUACAUAUUCUAGUCUUUUUCUUUACAAUUUAAAACUUCUACUCAGUUUCAUUGGAACAUUAAAGUGCAUCUGUGUGUGAGCGACGGUGAAACACACAAUGAUUUCGUUUGCUGCUGCGUCUACCUCUGGACCCAGUGGGGCCACAUCACUUAGUCCAGUCUGGACUGUUCUAGGCCAUUCCGUCUCUGCGCUUUAUAGAACAAGGUCACUGCCACCAUGCUGCUGCAGAGCAUCCUCCACCCUGUCCUAGCUCUUGGUUGUGGGGCUGCUGGGAAGGAGCUGGAUGAGGACAUGUAAUGUAGCAUCUAACCACUGCCACCCCUCUGCUGUCGUACAGCAUGUAAACUGGUGCUCCUCUUUCAUCAGGUGCCUUUGACUUCAGAUGAACUGUAUGAUGUCUAAGCUGAACUAAACAACCGAUCAUCCUCUGACUAGCACACGCUGGUCUUAACACAUCACUCAUCAGACCACACUGCCUUGGUUUCCUUUCUGCCUUCCUCUCUACGCAUCCAGGUGUUCGAGGACUCUACUAACAGUUUACAGAAGAAAUGAGCUGCCCAUUCAUGAACACUAACUCAUUCAGUCUAAGCUCUUCAUGCAUCCUCAACACAGUUAGUGCCUUUUCAUCUGUGUGAAGGCGUCUGUGGCCACGGUCUUCGUAUCGUUACGUAGGUUUGUGAGCAGCUGGUGUCAUAAUGUUUGUCUUUGUGUUGUAGAGCUGAUUCUCACCUUUAGAGAUGUGGAGAUGAGCUGUGGUUCACAUAAUGAAACCACAUAUAUACUUAUUAUAGGUGACUGUAAAAGUAACUAAUGAUAUUCACUAAGUGUAGUUGUAGUUAAUGCCUUGCUGUGGAUGGAGCUGGACAGUGGGAAUCCACAUCCAGAGAACAGUGGCUACCUCUCAUUUUAUACCUGUACAGUUACAUGUAUGCAGUGAAAUGCAUGAAUAAAGUGAAAUGUUCUGAA